UACGUUCAAUCUUCGUGUCCAGAUCUUUAUACUCGCUUCUCUUAUAUCUACAGUAAAAGUAUACAGAAUACGCGUCGACCUUGUUAUCAGUAGCAGUCUCCUUUCGAACGAUACACUUUGGCUUUUUGUAGACGAUUACUUUACGAUUGUGCAUUUCGUAUUCGGUCGUUGAGUGUAAUACAUCGAGUUCUAAUAAUAAUUCUAAUUGCGAUUACUUUAUCUGUGAGUAAUACUAUAAUUCAAAUUUCACUGACAGCUUAUUAUACUCCUAUCAUAAUAAUAAAUCUGUUGCCGUAUGUGCGAAAAAAUAAUGAACACGUUUUUUUAACUACUUGCCGUUUCCGUGUUUCUCAAGUUUUCCACAUUGAUUCGAAUUAUACGUUUUACUAUUCAAUCAAGGAAAGGAAAGCGGGACGAUAGUAAGGAAAGUGCAUUACACGAAAAAAAGGAAAGAACAUUCGCGUUAGCAACUUUCAAUCAAUCCACCUUUCCCAUUUACAACUUGUUCGUGUAUAUUGCAGUGGACUAUAGAAUACCAACAAUUGACGCCUUCGUGCACCGUAUUUCUUGAAACAACAGGUGAUCAGUGCAUAAAGACGAUUUCUCUUACAUCUUUGUAUUUAUUUUUCGGUCGAUAUCAUAAAGAUAAGAGAUAAAACAGCGAAAGUAGUCGAGAAUUUUUGUAUUGCAAAAUUUACAUUUAUAGAUUUUAUAAAUUUCUUAAGAAAUGAGGAUCGCCGUGAUUGGUGCCGGAGCCGCUGGUCUAGCUGCUCUAAAACAUUGUUCUUCCGGUGCACAUGACAUUCAAGUAGUAUGUUACGAAAAAACGGAUAAAAUAGGUGGUACGUGGGUAUAUAGGAAAGAAAUUGGUUUAGACCGAUACGGUCUACCGAUACAUACUAGUAUGUACGAAAAUUUAAGGACAAAUCUUCCGAAAGAAGUGAUGGGAUACCCUGAUUAUCCUGUUCCGGAAAAUCCAGAGAGCUAUUUGACGCGCACGCAAAUGCUCGAGUUUUUAAAUUCGUAUUGCGAUCAUUACAAUCUUCGUCAAUAUAUUCGGUUCCUGCAUAAUGUUGAAUUAGUGGAACCGUCGUCGACAGGGGACCGGAAGUGGACCGUCAAGGUGAAAGACCUAGAAAAGAAUGUUGCCUUGACUGAAUCAUUUGAUGCGAUUAUGGUAUGUAAUGGUCAUUACUUCGAGCCUAGUAUGCCAAAUGUGAAAGGUCAUACGAGUUUCCAAGGGCUGCAGUUGCACAGUCACGACUACAGAGUACCGGAUAUAUUUACUGACAAAAGUGUAGUAGUUAUCGGCGCUGGGCCUUCCGGAAUGGAUUUGGCUUUGGACAUAUCGAGAAAAGCAAAGCGUGUAUUUUUAAGUCAUCACUUGACGGACCCCAUUGGCACCGUAUUUCCGGAAAAUGUAAUACAGAAACCAGAUGUUAAAGAACUGACCGAACAUAACGUUCUCUUUGCGGAUGGCACUAAUGAACCUAUAGAUGCGGUUUUUUAUUGCACAGGGUAUAAAUAUAGCUUCCCCUUUUUGAGCGAAAAAUGCGGAGUGCGGGUAGAUUCCAAUAUGGUAACACCAUUAUGGAAGCAUCUAAUAUCGAUUGAAAAUCCCUCUCUCGCCUUGGUCGGUCUUCCCUUUUAUGUCUGCGCUUUCAGCAUGUUCGAUCUGCAGGUGCGGUUCGUCCUACAAUACUGGUUUGGUAAGAGAGAUUUCCCUUCGAAAGAAGAUAUGCUAAGAGAGGAGACGGAAGAAUUGAAGAAACGCGAAAAAGAGGGUUUACGUAAAAAGCAUUUUCAUCUCAUGGGAUAUAAACAGCACAUUUAUUACGAUGAUCUUGCGAACACUGCAGGAAUUACACCGCUACCACCGGUUCUUUCGAAACUGCACGACGAGAGCAGUAUGCGCUUUCUGGAUGAUCUGGUUCACUAUCGAGAAAGGAGAUAUAGAAUCAUCGACGACUAUAAUUUCAUUCAACUUUGAAACCGUGUAUUGUCCUUAUAAUAUAAAAUAAUGAACACUGACUGACUGGUCGAUUGGCUUUAUACAAUUAAUAUAAA